CCCAACCCAUCAAUCACUCUCCCAUCCCAGUUCAUCGAUCCUCCUCGUCGUAGCAUCAGAAAGCCAGCUAGCCAGAACCAUCAAUCUCGAUGGAGCGGUGCGACCGGAUCAGGGGCCCGUGGAGCCCGGAGGAGGACGGCGCGCUGCGGCGGCUGGUGGAGCUCCACGGCGCGCGCAACUGGACGGCCAUCGGCAGCGGGGUGCCCGGCCGCUCCGGCAAGUCGUGCCGCCUGCGGUGGUGUAACCAGCUGUCGCCCGGGGUGGAGCGCAGGCCCUUCACGGCCGACGAGGACGCCGCCAUUGCACGCGCCCACGCCAGGCUCGGGAACCGAUGGGCCGCCAUCGCGCGCCUCCUCCGUGGCCGCACCGACAACGCCGUCAAGAACCACUGGAACUGCUCCCUCAAGCGCAGGCUCGGCGACCUGGGCGCUUAUGGAGUCGCCGAGGGUGAGCUGGAGGAGCGGCCGUGCAAGCGCGCCAGCGUCACGCCGGACAGCACCUCCGGAUCGGGGCCGGGGUCUGGCUCCGGGUCGGACCGCAGCGACCUCAGCCAUGGCGGCGCGUUCGGGCUCGGCCAGGUUUACCUUCGCCCGGUGGCGCGGGCCGGCGGGUUCGAGCCCGCGGACUGCGCCAUGAGCCGGCGGCACGAGGAGAAGGAGGAACAGGAGGACCCGCUGACCUCGCUCUCGCUCUCCCUCCCGGGCACGGACGUCCAGGGGUUCCACCACGACAGUUCCCACAGUCAUUUCCACCAGCCGUCGUCCUCCCCGUCACCGCCGCCCGCUCCGGCGCCGGCAUCCCACCCAUUUAGCCCCGAGUUCGCGGAGCUGAUGCACGAGAUGAUCCGGGACGAGGUGCGCAGGUACAUCUCCGGCGUCGGCUGCGGCGCCAACCUGCCGUCCAUGCCGCUAUUGGUGGACGGCGUCAUGCGGGCCGCGGCGGAGCGCGCCGGCGGACUCGCGAGGAUGCAGUGACCAAGAUCAAUCGAUCCAUCCGGUCGAUCAGUUAGGACAGCCGCCAUCUGCUCACUGGUGUUGCUUCAUUCGUUAGGAUCUGAAGUCUGAACUGAAUUAGCAAUGGAAGAAGGAAGAACGAGGCAGAGCCAAGCUAAGCUAAGCUCACGCUUUGCUUCUUUCUUUCUGUAUAUACAAACAAAUGAAAUGGAAAGAAACAUGCAUGUGUCUAA